GUGGCGGCGCCCCGCGGCAGUGGCUUCGUGGCCCUGCCCAGAAUGGGACGCACCAACGCCGUCGGACCGCUCCGUGUCUCACGCGUCUUACAACACAGGUGAACCACGCGACAAUACAAAACAACGGACAUUCAUCUCAUGUGAUCGCAAAAAUGACUCCUUUUGUACAUUUAUAUUGUGUUGUGUGGGUAGCAUUAUUGACUGGCUGCUGCACCACGACAGGUCGAGAAUUGCCUACAGGGCAAAAUGUUGUUUCCGUGGCGCCUAUAGAAGUCCCUGACGAGUCGAUGUAUCCGAGAUUCGCGGAACCGAUACCAAAUGUGACGGUCACCGUAGGCCGAGACGCUUUACUGGCGUGUGUUGUGGAUAAUUUAAGAGGAUUCAAGGUGGCAUGGGUUCGUAUGGACACACAGACCAUUCUGAGCAUCCAUCAUAACAUAAUAACACAGAACCCUCGCAUCAGCCUCUCAUACAAUGACCACCGCUCGUGGUACCUUCAUAUCAAAAGCGUGCAGGAGGUUGAUCGUGGAUGGUACAUGUGUCAAGUCAAUACCGACCCUAUGCGGUCAAGAAAAGGUUAUCUUCAAGUUGUAGUGCCACCAUCAAUCAUCGAUAACAUGACGUCAACGGAUAUGGUGGUGCGGGAAGGUUCCGAUGUGACCUUAGUGUGUCGGGCGUCGGGGUAUCCUGAGCCUUACGUCAUGUGGAGGAGGGAAGACGGACAAGAUUUCAAUUACAACGGGGAGUCAGUUAGCGUGGUAGACGGUGAGACUUUGACAAUAACAAAGGUGUCUCGAUUACACAUGGGAGCGUACCUGUGCAUAGCAUCUAAUGGAGUGCCGCCAUCGAUUAGUAAGCGGAUCAUGCUCAUGGUACAAUUUCCACCAAUGCUGUCCAUUCCGAAUCAACUAGAAGGGGCUUAUAUUGGUCAAGAUGUGACCUUGGAAUGCCACACAGAAGCGUAUCCGUCCUCAAUCAACUAUUGGACCACAGAUCGAGGGGACAUGAUCAUUUCCGAAAUGGAAAUUGUAGGUGGAAAGUAUGAAGCGUUCCCGAUGGACAGCGGUUACAAUAAAUUCAUGAUGUUGAAGAUACGGAACAUUACCAAAGAUGAUUUCGGCUUCUAUAAGUGCAUCGCGAAGAACUCCCUCGGCGAAACCGACGGCAUCAUUAAACUUGAUGAAAUACCAGCUCCACCUUCGGCUUUUACGACAACACAAAAAACUGUUCUCGAUAAUCAAACAAUCAGAAAAAAAGGGCAAACACAAUUAGCACAAACCGAUGACGCAAUCAGUUCCAAUUUUCAAGGCGAAGCGUAUGGUGAGCAAAUAAGGGAGUUUGAUUUUGACGACGAAGAUAACUCAGCCGCUUCUCUAAGAUUAAACAGUGAGAUACUUUUAAUAAUACUAAGUAUUGUUAUAAAAGACAUACCUUGCUUUUUUCAUAAUCAAUGAAAAUAAAGAUUUUUUACUUAUUUUAACUGGGCUGAGUAGACAAUAACAUAUUGCAGAACUGUUUUAACAAUCAUGACUUUAAAUACAUAUUUGUAAUAUUGAUAAAUGAAAUAUCCUUGACGAUAUACACUCUAGAUGUCGCGUCGCCUGAUUUUGUUGGUGUGACUACAGAAUAUUAUGUUUUGUAUGAAUGAUUUUAUUUUCUUUAAAUAAGAUUAAAUUGUAUUAUGACAUACGAUCACUUUUUUAUUAAAUAAUUUAAAAGGCAAUAAUUGGAAUGCAAAAAUAAUACUGCACAAUACUAUUCACAGCUAAUAGCUGUUAGCGACUAUCGUUUUUCGGCGGCGACCUUUAUCUAGAUUUGUAUACAAUCAUGGAAAAUAAUAUACAUGAAUUUUAAUAAUUUCGUUUUAAUUCGGUCGUCGCGUCGGCCUGUAGUAAGAAAUGAUGUAGACAUUUAAUUUUACUUGAGUUUACUUUUAAUUUAGAGAUUUUCGGGUUCGUUUAAUUUUGAUACAAUGUUUGUACACAAAUUUUGUACUGCAUCGAUUUUAUAAAAAAAUGUCUAAUUAGAAACUUCUAGAUAUUAUAGGCUGUCCAAACUUGUGCGUAGAUGAUAUAUCAUUUGUAAAGAAACAACUCUUACUCAAUUAUUAAUAACCCUAUCGUGCUCUUGUAGAUAUAACCGGGAUGAGAUUUACUUUUCUGUCUCUCUGUAAAGCUUCUGUCAAAUUAACGUUAUGUAAAUAUUAUUUAUGUGUUAAGCUUAUUUGCUGUCUUGUAUUAUAGAAGAAACUUGUAUCUAUAGGAGAAUAAAGGUUUAUUUUUAUUUACACAUUUUCUAAAAACGAAACUGCCAAAUCAAUGUGUACAUUACAGAAAUAAAGAAAGCUUAAACCGUAAA